AACCAGUCCCUGAGCCCCUUAUCAUAGUGAGACCUGAGAGGCUGAAGUCUAUAUAAACUAGACUUGGGAAAUGAACGGAUCAUAGAAAAUUGUAUUAUGCAUGCCGUUGCAUUCGCUGGAGAGAGACAACAUGAGACGCCUUAUUGCGCCUUCCAUUCUUGUGACUGUCUUUCUAGUUCCAGCUCUGGCGCUGACGAACACUAGCGACAGUUAUCCUCUGGAUGGCUCUGUGGGGACCCAGACCAUCCAUGUCGAUGCCCUCAGAGGUGUGGUCAGCAUCCGAGACAACAGCGUUCAGAGUGAAUGGGAUGGAGUCAUGGACUACAAGAACGACCUCCUGGCAGCUAAGCUGUUUAGCAAGAUGGCCUGUGUUCUGGCAAAGAUGGACCCAGCAGCCUUCCCAAGUUUGGAUGAUAUUACCCAGGCCCUGGGCAAACAGGCUUCCGGUCACUACCCACCUACUCGAGGACUGACCUACACAGUUUUACCCAGCCGAAUCAAAAACUUGGCCCAAUACGGAGUGCCAAUCAAAGACCUGUGCAGAGCCGUCCCCACCUACUUUGCUCGGCAGCAAAAAGAAGGUACCGCCCUGACGAUGGACCCAGACUCAUGUUCUGAGCUCCAGCUUCUGUCCUUCAUGGGACUGUCCAUUUGUGGUGAGAUCCCUGGGCUCUGAACCUCUACGUCAGCCAGACUGGACAGACCUCAUCUAGCCUCUGCCUGUGAGAAGUGUCUCAUUGCAGUCCUCUGUGCUCCACAUGUUGGCUUCCCAUGGAACCUUGUGAUCUGGGGG